AUGACGGCCGGGUGGCGUGCGGCCCCCUCGCUGUUGAUAGCCUCUCUUCUCGCCGCGCCGCUCUUGAUAGCGUAUCGCCGCUCCCCAUCACGGAUCUACCGAGCGUUCCGGCAGCAGUUUUACGCGAGCCUGCUCGCCAUCGGCUUCGGAAGCAUCACCGCGGGCGCCUACUUUGACGCCAUCGUUUUCGACGGGUGCCGGCUGCCGCCCCACUUUGCGUGCCUGGCGGUUGCCGUGCUCGGCUCUCUCAUCGGCUUUGCCUCCUCGCUUGUGCUGCUGCAGCUCCCCUUGGGGUCAUCUGGACUCCGUCCGAGCCUGCCCUCUGCGCAGCGGCAGCGGUGCUUGCUCUUCCUCUCGCUAGCAUACGUUUCGGUGGCGUUCCUGAUGGUCGCGCUCCCCUUCCUUUGGAUGUGGAGCGGAGACAACUCCGCCCGCUGGGACAGCGCCGGCAGCGUCGGCGCUCCGCCUCCUCUCCUCGCUCGGUCGCGCGCCGGGCCGCACAUCUCGGUUGCCAUCGCGAUGCCGGACGACGACGAGAGGGAGAGGCGCGACGGCGAGUCGGGCUCCAAGGCAACGAGGCGACCGCCCUUGCCGCACGCACUGCUCCGUCUGUGGGGCGGCGGCCUGGGCCGCUGGUCGCACGCCGGCACCCGCGGCGGCGAGGGCUGGCUCCCGCCGCCACCGCCGCCACCGACCCCCGCCACGCCGCCCGCCCGCCACAGAGCUGGCCCCCGUGGCGUCUCCGCGGGGGCUGUUGGCGCGAGCAUUGGCGGCGCCGUCAAUUUUGCGUAG